GAGAGACACCGGCAAAUGUGUCAGUGCGGUUCCACCAACGACGCAUCGGAGGUGUUCUCUCUUGGGUGUCUUCGAUUUUUCCCUUCAUUUUGCACGAAAGUUGUGUUAUCGCUCGAUAAAAAUCAUGUAAGAUUAGAAAUCGAAAUGCCAAGCCAGGAAGAUAUGGACCUUUGUACCGACAAGGUACUGUCCAAAGGAAGAAUACUUCAAGAAUUGACUAAAGCUGUCAAACUGGUUUAUGCUCAAAGUUUAUAUGGUACAGUAGUCUUAGACGGGGAUUCAUGGUUGGUCUACUGGUUAGAUCGAGCUCUGCGUCAUGGACUACGUGUAGAGAGGCAUGGAUAUUGGGGUACUGCUCGUGAACUUAGUCAUCAAGACACUGUUGUUGUGAUUCAUGCCCUUCAAAGUGUUUUAACUUCCAUUGGAAAAGGUAGAGCAUGGCUGUACCAUACUCUCAGCGAGGGUAGCUUCGAAAGCUACUUGGCCUGCUUAUUAAGAGAUACAAAAACAUUAAAAAAACAGUACUUUCCUCAUGCACUUGUUCGGGAUGUGGAUAAAACUAAUCAGCUAGUUAAUCUGCUCGCUGGACUAGAAAAUGUCUCCUUUACAUUGCAGCUGGAUGUGACAUAUCUGGACACUUGCAAUUACAUGCCUCAAAGGCCUAUGAGUGGAACCAUAUUAUCAUUAAAUCUCAGAUCAUCAAGCGUCUCCUCAAGUUUAGCUUCUCCCGGCGACAGUGGAGUUGCCUUUGAUAGUGAUAUGGAUGUUGCAAAUGAAACAGAUGCUAGCAGUUAUAAAGAGGAAGAUUUUCAUCUCGAAGAUACCCGUAGAUAUCGAAAUAAUAGGUACAAAACAAUGAUAAAUAAUUGUAUGGAGGACAAUAAGAAUUUCAGUUCCAGCGAUUCCAGCGAAGAUGGCAAAACCCCGACACAAUCGCCUGGUGUAACAACUAAAUUUCAAACCGUAAUGGUGACUAAAAGCGACAUAGCGAAUCAAAACUUAACCAGAAAACUUGACGACAAUGAGCUUAACUGUUCCAGUUUGGAUACUUUAAAAGAUUACGAUUUUUACAGCAAAAGUCUGGAUGAGUCAAAAUUAGAUAAGAUAAAUAACAAAAACGAUAACGUGGUUAAAGAAUUAAACAAAAGAAGUACUUAUUACAGCGACGGUAGUUACAGUUUUAAAAGAAACAUUGAUCCUCGAAAUUCGUACGUGAUCAACAAUGAUACGAAUCUCUUAGAACUUAGCAUGACUAUUUCCGAUUGCGAGAACAUAGAACCGCCGUACGGUAUUUUGAACACUAUCAAUAUGACCGAUGCUAGUAUUUUGUCGUCUUCCAGUUCGGAGGCAAUAGUGCAACGUAGGCAACGUAAGAAGAAACGUGGAGAAAGUAAAAAGCGUGUCAGCUUUCACGAAGAUAUUUUAAAGACUAUGAAACUGGACGAUGACGAAAGUUUUGCCGAUUUUUCCAUGAGUUUUUUAACGCCGAAUUCGGUUCAAAAGAAAGACGCGCAAAAGGGUAGAUACAGCUGGUGCGCCCACGGAGAUUCCCCUUACGUUCAGAAAAGUGUUAACGCAAGGAACGCGCACUCGGAUUAUUAUUCGUAUUCCUCGUCGUCGAGUGUAUUUGAUAGCGACUGUGACAAAAAAGGGUCAUUAAAAACGUGCGAGCAGUUACCAUGUCAGAGCAAUUGUAAAUGCGCUUGCGGAUUAUCACUUUCAGAACGCGGUGUGCCCGAGGGUCAAGAGGAUCCUGGCAAAGCACUGAGACCAAAAAUGGAAAUUGAAUUGGAAGAAAACGAAGCGCAAGAAGCUUAUAUCGUUGAGAAACAGUACGGGAAUAUCGUUGAAGAUCCUCCAUCUAAAGUUGAGAUGCCUUGUCCAUCGAAUUCAAAGAAGUAUACUAGCUCUAGCGACUGGUCAGACGUAGAUAGUACCACUACGUCAGAGGCGGACGAACGUAAAAAUAGUAGGCAUUUAGCUUCACCGUCGAAAAAGCGUAACAUGACAUCGAUAUUAACCGGAGAAAGUAGUAACAAAUUAUUGGCACCGCCUCUAAGACAGGCGCCAUCUAAAACUUCCCUGUUGAGUAGAUUCUUGAAAUCCAUUACAGAGAGAAAAUUCGAAGUUAAGCAAGCUAAAAAACCUCAAAAGGCAAAUCCUUUGUACAUCAAAGGUGUAAAAGCAAGCUACGAUUCGUUCAAAGAUUUCAAUGAUAAUCUUGAUAGAGAAAUACAAGAGAACGUAGCCGCAGAGAAGUUGGAAUUCAGCGGUGAGAAAAUCAGUUUAAAGUUACGUGAACUUUUUAAGAAACACAUUUACAGGGACAAAACUGAAGAAUUAUAUAAAGUCUACAAAGUAAGGAGUUCGUAUAUGACAAAUGGAGAAAGCAAACCAAUGAUUGCUUUGUUAACAGACAAAACGUUGUAUUUAACUGGUUCGAAGAUGAACCACACUUACAGUAAUCAAUUCGUUAUUCCUUAUAACGAGUUAGAUGUUAUUAUGGUUGGACCAAAUGCACAAACAAUAUUGUUAUCUAAUGCUGAUUACGAGAUGCAAUAUCUAUUUUCUACGGGAUGUUCCCAGACUACUUCAGAAUUAAUUUCCCAUCUGGAAAUAGCCAUGAGACGAUCUCCGACGAAACCAAAACUUCCAGCAGUUAAAGAAUUGAAUUACGAGGAUAUGCAUAUUCUGAGGCAUUCAAUUCUUUGCGAUACCGCAGUACAUCCUGACGAAAAGAUUGAACAUUAUAAUCUUAUUUAUAUGGAAGACGAAUAUAUGUCACCUCCUAGUACACCGUGUGGUCCGACAAAAGAGGGUGAUCUUAUGUACAGACCGCAUACUUAUCAACAGCUUCAUCCCAAUGCUCCGACUAAUCCAUGGGAAGCUGGAUACUUUGUCCUUAAAGGCGGUGUUGUUUAUAUGUUCACCGAUGCAAAUCAACGGUUGCCGAAACGAGCCAUUCCAUUAAAAGGCGGUCUCUGUCAGGGAUGCCGAAGAAUUCCAAAUUCUCAUCGUCCGCAUACUUUUGAAAUACUUUUAAAACCAAAUAAAGCUUUUCAAUUCGCUGCUCCGGACGAAUAUGUUGCUUCCGAAUGGUUACAAAGUUUCGUUCAAAGUGCUUCUGGGUUGUUCGACGCUUCAAAGAAGAAGGAACCCUUACCGUGUAGCCUUAUUACAACCACUCAACACUUAGUUGCCAUGAAAGAAGUAUUCCCGGGUAAACAACGGGGACAAACACUUUCUUGUGCCUCUGUAAAAGAUCUCACAGCCUUUAGAGUACCUUUAACUCAGCAGUCUUGGUGUAUACUAGAGUUUGCAUGUCGAGAAGUACACGAAAGUAGUGGCGAUUGGGUUAUAUAUUUUACUAAUUAUACUGAACUGUGUACCUUCAGAGAAAUCUUGGAAACGUUGUGGGCUGAUGCAAAUUUGGGGGAAUUUCCAAUGGUAACACUUCCACCAGACGAUAAGCUUCAUCGACGUUGUUCAGAUGCCAGUAAAGAGCUUGAGCUUGCAUGGCGAUAUUUAUUACCUUCGGUAAUUGACUAAAUAGUAAGGUGUACCAAUAACCAAUAGAUAUGGUUAAUCAUCAUCAUAAUCGCUACUAUAAAUACAUAAAACAAAUAUUCGGCGAAACAAUAUACAUAAUAUGCAAUCCGGUGACACUGAAUACAUUACAGAAAGUUAACCAUCCUGAAAAUCAAUACGUUAUGUUCCUUGAGGGAUUGGUGAAUGCGAAAAAUCAUAAUUUAGUGAUAUGUUAUAUCGAUGUGCUAAUUCAAUAAAAUGGUGCAAUAUCUUUUUAAUAUUAUAAAUCUUAAAGGAAAAAAAAUUGACAUUGAUAAUAAUACGCAAAAAUUGUAAUAUAACGAUAAGUGUGAAAAAAAACACUAUAUCAGUUAUAUAGACGUCUAUAUAUUCACACUUGUGAGAAUUUAUCUACGUUUGAAAAUGCACUAUUGAUAUUAAAUUAGUUAAUUUUAAAAGCGAUGCCGAUAAAUUGGCAGUUAAGCUUAGCGCAGCUUCGAUGAUAAAGGAAUACUCUACAAAUUGCUUUUAAAAUAAGUGUAUGACGUAUAAUUAACAUUCCUAAUAGUAACAUUGAUAAUAAUAGUAGUAAUAAUAACGAUACAGCUUUCUAAUUUUAUUUUUAAUAACUUUUUUUUCAUGGAUAUAUACAUAUACGGAAUCGCGAGGUUUAUUGUUUUAAAGUAGUCAAUCUCAUUUAGGGUCUUAAUUAUUGUUUUUAAUUGUACAGGUAUCAAUGUUAAUCAUUAAAUGUAAUAUAACGUUGAUCUCAAGGUGCUUUUGUUUAAUGACGAUAUUUUUAAUCGACGAAUUAAUCUUUUAUUUCUUUAUUAAGAAACAUUAUAACGCGAUGAAUUCUGUUAUUUAAAAUGUUAUUUUUUUCUAAAAUUAACUAUGUAUUUCAAACUAGAAGAAAAAUUCAAUUUACCAAAAAGGCACUAUUUUUCACAAACACAUUGAUCUGUUAUUUUUGAACUUCCAAUUUUAUGUUUUCGUAUUUAAAGCCGUAUAUCUUUACGUUACCAAAACUACAUAAAACGAAUGCAUUUUAUAAAUGUGAAUAAAAUGAAAUCAAUAUAUGCAUCGUUUUAUAUAGGUACGAAUAAUUGUGAUAAACAUUUUAAUGAUUAAGAAUUACAUUAACGAGACUUAUUAAUUUAUGCAAUUGUAAUAUGAAAUUUGUGUCACACGAUAAAAAUUGAUAAUGUAAUCGGUUUCGUAUGUUAGCUUUUAGCGCGUUUAGAGUCAAAAUGUUACACUUUUUUACAUGCUUUGUAUAAGCAUGUUUCUUAAAUGUUACAGUCAUGGAAUUUUUGCACAAUAUCAACAGCGCCGUACAUGACCAUCAAACUUAACGGGAAGAGAGAAAGAAAUAUAAAUAAAAUUGUAACUAGUCAGGAGAAUAAAAGUAAAAAUAUGUGUUGUUUUUUUCUCCUAAAAAAAACA